GUUUUCUGCUCAGAAUCGUUUCCUCUAUUCGAAUAUCUUCGCUGUAAAAGUAAUUUUGGAUCACCCUGUAUAGACGCAACAUAUAAAGUAUGUCCCAAAAAGCCUAAAUUUUAUCAGCUUUUUACCAUUAUGGCCAAAGUAAAUAAUGUAGCGAUUCCUAUCACUUGGGCAUUAAUGGAUAAAAAGACCACCUUAGCCUACGUCGCUGUACUAGAACACUUUAAAUCAACUUUAGCGCAACAUCUUCAGCCCAAGAAGUUCACAGUGGACUAUGAAUCUGGCUUGGCUUCAGCGGACUUAUUGGUCUAUCCUGAUGCUUUAAUUUGUCGGUGUUAUUUUCAUUACCUGCAGGCUUUGGUAAGAAGACUAAAAUCGUAUGGGAAAAAUUUCAUGACACAGCUUGAAAAUUGGGAAGAAGCUCAAAUUUUUGUUCGGAAAAUUGCUGGUUUGCCGUUUUUACCUGCUCAUUGUAUUUCAGAAGCUUUUGAAUGGUUAAUUACCCAGAUAACAUCCAAGUCAGAAGGAUUUCUUAAAGAUGUCUUUUCAAAGACUUCCUCGAGAACUCCAAAUAUGACAUCU